AUGUCACCCUCCAGGUUCAAACUGUGCUUCGCCGGGCUAUUAUCGUUGGUAGGGGUGGCGGCCGUGGACAACAUUGCGACGGGAAAUACCACCGCCGACACAACCCACCUGCAGACUUGGUGGCAUGACCAUGGUGAAAUAAACUACAAGACGCCAGUGAGCGCGGAGAAUGUUCGCCAAUCUCACCUGUACUCGGUUUGGGUAAAGUCGACGGCAGAUUCGACAAAUACAUACUACAACUCUUUCGUUUAUGAGACCAUACCACGAAACGGCCAAGAGAAAGUCGUUAUACCCGGGUCAAGCAUAACGGGGGGCCCAUAUGAUUCGGUGACGAUCGAGGCGAGUUUGUGGAUGACUAUGGGUUGGACACAGUUCCUACACAACGAAGAUGCCUGGGUCAAAAUCAGUCGGGGUGACAACUCGACGACAGCCCGCGACGUCGUCAUUCGACCUACGAACCUGAACCUCACGGUGACUGAUGAUGGUGAGGGCAACAUUUACAUCCUCGUUCCUUAUCGUGAGCAAGGUCUCAGGUUCUCGGUGGAGUUUAAGGACAACCUAUACAGCUACCGUGAUAGCUGCGAAACACCCCUGUGCGACUUCGUGCAAGACUGGCAUUCCGAUGGCCCCCACUAUGUUGAGACUUUGGACGAGACGACAAACCCCGUCAUGGGCGAGGAGCCGCACGAUGCGCUUUUGAUUUUUGCAAGCCCCUUCCCGUCAUCAGAUCUCAUUCCCGACAAGACUGCCACUGACACGUACGUCGUUUACCCCGGACCGGUUCCGGACCUCGGUUCGAUAAAGAACAGCGUCGUCUAUUUUACGCCGGGAACGUACUACAUGACAGCGACGGCGCACGCAAAGCUCUCUAGCUCGGUCAACUGGGUAUAUCUGGCAUCUGGGGCUUACGUCAAGGGGGCCAUUCAGUUCACCACAGCUGCGACUACGAUCAAAGCCACGGGCCACGGCGUUCUGUCGGGCGAGCAGUAUGUCUACCAAGCCAACACGUUACUGGGCUACACCAACGUCAAGAGUAACAUCGCCUCGCUGCGCAUGUGGAGCGGUUACAGCAAGUCCGGCGUGCAACAAACCUUUGUCAUCACGGGCGUUACGACCAACGCGCCGCCCUUUAACAGCAUCGACUUCUCGGGUGAUCUGGAUACCAUCUCCAUCAACCAGUGGGACUACAAGCAAGUCGGCGCUUUCUUCGGCCAGACCGACGGGACGACGCUAUACUCGGGCAGCAACGUGCACGAUAUUUUCUACCACUCCAACGACGACACGAUCAAGACGUACGGGUCCAAUAUCUUGGUGCGCGACGUGGUCAUCUGGAAGGGCAAAACGGCGCCCAUUGUUCAGUUCGGCUGGCAGAGCCGUGACCUCGCCAACAUCACCGUCGACGGCGUCGAUGUCGUUCAUAUGAAGUACAGCUCCAACACGUCGCACCCGAGCAUCGUAGGCGCCAACCAGGUGUACGGCGUGGACGAGACGUGGACCAACACGGCCGAUUUGUCCAAAACGGUCCGCGAUAUGUAUAUCGGCAACGUCCGCGCCGAGGGCAUAGGCGGGAACCUCCUGCGCAUCUGCCCCCUUGCCAACUACCAAAAUGUCGUUAUCGAGAAUGUAAGCCUUGACCGCGUCAGUCCGCGGACCAACGGGAUUUAUCAGAGCGAAAUGCCCGUGUUCAAGAACUGGCUGGGGAAGAGUGUUGAUAUCAAGGGGUUUGUCAUUAGAGGGUUUACGGUCGGUGGGGAGAAGAUCACCCAAAAAGCAGGAAACUAUGGGCCGGAUGCGCUAGGGGGUUUGAAUAUUGCGGAUGAGCUUCUGCAGAGUGGGAGCGUUGUCAUUGAAUGA